GAGGGAGCCAAGGCUUCCUCCGGGGACAUCGGCUCUCUGGAUUAUCAGGAGUUUGUGGCUGAUAUUGAAUCUAAGCUGAGGAUGGAAGGUGUGGAACUUAAGGAAGAAUGGCAAGAUGAAGAUCUUCCAGUACCUUUACCAGAGGAUGAUAGUAUGGAAGCAGAUAUACUAGCUGUAACUGGACCAGAGAGCCAGCCUGAAGUUAAUGGAAAUAAAGUAAGAAAGAAACUCACGGCUCCAGACAUUAGCCUGGCCCUGGAUCCUAGCGAUGGCUCUGUGCUGUCAGAUGAUUUGGAUGAAAGUGGGGAGAUUGACUUAGAUGGCUUAGACACGCCAUCAGAAAACAGUAAUGAAUAUGAGUGGGAAAAUGAUCUUCCAAAACCCAAAACUACUGAAAUUAUUAGGAAAGGCUCAAUUACUGAAUACACAGCAGCAGAGGAAAAAGAAGAUGGACAAUGCUGGCGUAUGUUCAGAAUUGGAGAACAGGACCACAGGGUCGAUAUGAAGGCAAUUGAACCCUAUAAAAAAGUUAUCAGCCGUGGAGGAUAUUAUGCGGAUGGAUUAAAUGCCAUUGUUGUGUUUGCUGUCUGUUUUAUGCCUGAAAGUGGUCAGCCCAACUAUAGAUACCUGAUGGACAAUCUCUUUAAGUUACGGAAAAACCUAAAAUCACUAAUCAUUGUACAUCCCUCAUGGUUUAUCAGAACGCUUCUAACUGUCACAAGAUCCUUUAUUAGCUCAAAAUUCAGCCAAAAAAUUAGAUACGUCUUUAAUUUGGCAGAACUAACAGAACUUGUCCCCAUGGAAUAUGUUGGCAUACCAGAAUGCAUAAAACAAGUUGAUCAAGAGCUUAAUGGAAAACAAGAUGAACCGAAAAGUGAAUAGUAAGUUUGGCGUCUAGUCCGAACAAGAC